UAUGACUCGACAUUUUGUAACCAUUGCAUAAUCUGCCUUCUCUUUGACAGCACUGUGCUCUGUUUUUGACAUUUGAGAGUGAUUUCCCAACGUCAAAUAUUUAUUUUGUUGUGUAGAAAAAUUUUAAAUGUUAUGAUCAGCUAACCGAUAUUUAAGGAACGUUUUUAACUUUAUUUUAAUCAUCCAUAAAUAUGAUUCACAAACAAAAAAAUAGCCGCAGAGCCAUUGAAGAAUUUUUAGACAGUGAUGACGAAUUUCCAGACAACUAUUAUGAAACAGCAGAGGUUCCUGUUUAUUUAGAUGACAACAGAUUUGAAAGGAUAGAGUUUAGUUGGAUACAGAAUCAUAAAUUACUCAAAAACGAAUCAAAUUCAAUUAAAGAAGAAUCCACAAAUAUAGUACAAGUUGAACCUAAAAAGAGUGUUGAGCAAAAAAAGUUCAACAAUAGAAGUAUAGUGAAAGGUAGUCUUAAUAAAUGUGAUAUUUUAUCUUUAAAAUCAGUGGAAAAGACAAUUCCAAAUGAUGUUUUGCUAUGGUUUGCUAAUUUUUUAAUGUUCAAAGACAUGCAGUCACAUUUUCUGAUACCAAAAAGCUGUCUUGUUAGUGAACCUGUGAGUAUUAAAAUUGUAAAACAAGAAAAACCCACAAACAAAAUUGAUAAUAGCAGCAGAGAAAACUUUACAUAUAGGGUUAUAAUAAGUAAAGAAUGUAAUUAAUCAUUAAAAUCACUAUUACU